AUGCUGCCCACCAAUCCGCCGAGAGAGCCGCUCAACAUAAAGAAUAUGCUCAACCCGACCUUCUACUCCCGCAAGCUCGCCGAGAAGCGCGUCAAGAAGCAGGCCGCCUCGUCCAAGGACCCCUCGCAGCGCGCCACGCUCUCGCCCGACGCCCACCUGCCGCCGGGCACCUUCCUCGGCGAGAACCCGUCCUUCCUCCACAAGGACGGUUACGAGUUCUUCCGCCGCCGCGCCGAGAAGUACAAGUCGCCGAUCUUCAUCACACACCUGUUUGCCGAGCCGUGCAUUGCGAUCGCGGGCGCCGAGGAGGCCAAGCUCUUCUUCGACCCCAACUGCUGCAUCCGCAAGAACGCCAACGCGCCGCACUUGACCAAGUACUUCUUCGGCCGAGACACGACCUCUGGCCUCGACGGCGAGGCCCACCUCACGCGCAAGGCCCAGGUGAUGGCCAACUUCACGCCCGACCACCUGGCCUGCUACACCGCCAUCUGGGCGCGCACCCUCGACAAGUACCUCCUCCGCUGGACCGCCACCAGCUCGACCGGCAGCCCGCUGGCCCUGAGCGACGAGCUGUUCAACCUCCACACCGAGUUCGCCAUGGCCUACAUCCUGGGCAUAUUCGACCCCACGCACGAAGCCGUCGACCAGCGCCGGCGCGAGAUCGUCCACAUGAUCGAGUCGUUCGGGGCCGUGCCGCACCUCAAGCUGGUGCCCGGGUCGCGCAUCAACAAGGUCAACAAGGCGCGCCGGAGCCUCGAGUCGUGGGUGCUCGAGCUGGUGCGCGAGCAGCGCCAGGGCCUCAGGAAGGAGGGCACCAUCCUGGCCGCCGUGGCCACCACCAAGGACGAACACGGCGAGCUCAUCCCCGAGCAGGUGGCCGCCGCCGAGGUGCUCAACCACAUCCGGCCGACGGUGAUCGCGGCCUACCUGACCACGUGGAUGCUGGCCGCCUUCCAUGACCACCCGCACGUGCUCGACCGCCUGCGCGCCGACGUGGACGGGCUGCUGCGCGAGAUGCCGGCUGAAGACAACUACUACGCCAACAAGGAGUGGCUCGACCGGCUGGCCUACGGGGAGGCGAUCGCAAACGAGGUGCGACGGUUCUAUCCGUGCGUGCCGCUCAUGAUGGCGCGCGUCAAGCAGACCUUCGAGUACAACGGCCUCAUCUUCCCGCAAGGGUGGAGCGUCAUUCUGGGCAUUCACGGCGUCCACCGCGACCCGCGCGUCUAUUCCGAACCUGACACGUUUGCGCCGGAGAGGUUCGAGCGAGGCGAGCACAGGCGGGUCGACGAGCGCUUCACGGUGCUCCAGCAGAGCGGCUCUGAUCUCUACACCAACCACAAGUGCGCCGGCGAGACCCUCACGACGCUCAUGAUGAAGUCCCUGGCCGCGCGGCUGGCGCACGACUUCACCUGGCGCUGGACGCCCGAGCAAAAGACCAGCUUCGCCAUCACCGAUCUGCCGCCGACGCCCGCCGACGGUGUCAAGAUCGAAGUCCUCCAGCCGCGCACCGCCUCAUCAGCUUCGUCAUCAUCGUUGGCAGCCGCCUCGCCAGUCACCUCCGCCUCCACGACGAUGGGUGGGGAGCCGCUGCCGAUCGGGCUGAUGAGCGCGGGCGGGUUCGCCACCAGGACCGGAGGCAGGUGCCCGAUGGGCUACGACGCCGCCAGCGGCGGAAUGAUGAACCAGCCGCACGCGGUGCCGGUGGAAGAGAACGGGGAGUGCCCCUACGCCAAGGCACAGGAGAUGCCGGCGGCGGCCGAUGGCUAUGCGGCGGGCGUGUGUGCGAUGGGCUACCACCAGGACUCUGCGGCGGCUCCCACCGGCGCUGACCUCUUGUGA